CUACUUUAGGCUUACUGGUUAAAUAAUGAAAACUAAUUUUAAAUCACAAAAAUAAGUUGUGUUUGAUACUGUGGACUAGAGAAAUGUAUAACAAACAGGAUUCUAAAGCACUAGUUUCCAUUUAAACGUAAACUGUUAAAAAAAAAAGAAACAUAAAAUCGAUAAACUGAAUCCAAACUGUUCAUAAUCUACUUUCAAAAACUAUUACAAUCCGAUGAAAAACGCAUUUUCAAUGUAUAAGGACUAUCUAUAUACUGUAUCGAGUGAUACAUCAUAUUUUUAAAUGCAUAUCAUAUCAGAUAAAUAGCAUUAAUUUUAACAAUCGUAACAGUUGCAUCAACAAGCGUAUUAAUUUUGUUCAAUGUUGCCAGUUGUGUAAAAAGUGAUCACGUUUAAUUUCAUGCAAACAUCCGGAGGCAUUAAGGAAAUCAAUAAAUAAACAUUUAUCAGUGAAUUGUCAUCUGUACUCCUCCUAAUCCAGAAGAAAGCAAAACGAAAUGAAGGAAAAUAAAGUUAUUGAUAAUUAUUACUUCCUAGUUAUUGUGUUAUGUUUCAAGUGCAUUCAAUUAUUAAAAUGUGAACAAACAUCAAACAUUGAUUUAACACAUCGUAAAUCUGAUAAAUCAUCUGCAAAACUAAUCAAUAUCACCAAACAUAAUGAUCAAAUAGGCAAAACUAAUGAGAAUCCUAUUACUGGGGUCGGUUUACAAGCUGGAAUAGCGCCCAACACUAGAUUAAUUGGUGAUGAAGUAGUACCUUCGAAUAGUGUCCAUUAUCAAGAUAAACUUGGAGGAGAACGUAAAACCUAUAUUCGAUUAAGUCAGCCAAUGAGUAAUCUAACUCGUUCAGUCGGAGCGAAAGUAACAUUUUAUUGUGAUAUACUUGGUGAACCGAUACCUCAAUUUCAAUGGUAUAAAAAUGGUGAAAAGUUGGUAGAAAAAAUGAAUAAAAUUAAAAUAACUACUGCUCUAUGGGGAAGCUCUUUACGUGUGGAAAAAUUACAAAACUCUGACACUGGACAGUAUUUAUGUGUUGCUACUAAUCCAUCUGGAACAUUGAAUGCCACAGCUCAUCUACAAUUAACAAGUAAAACUUCUAAAUCGAGUGUAUUUGCGAAGCCAAUUCUACAACAUGAAAAUCAAUAUCUAAUGAAUUCAAUAACUGCUGAAUCUGAUGGUUUCUGUCAAGAAUUUCAUAGCAAUGUUUGUGGUAAAUAUCUUAUGGGUCAUCGUGUCUAUGUGACCAGAGAAUUUCAACAGGCUCUAAUCGAAACACAAAUAUCUAAAUUCCUGAAGCUUACUGCAACUCAAUCGCUGCAUCGUGUACGUGAAGACUGUUUGAGACGUUUAAUGGAAGCGAUUUGUUAUUAUAAUUUUCCAGUGUGUUUAGAAACAAAACCUGUUUCUUUCGAAAAUGAUGUGGUUCAAAGUGAAGCACAAACAUUAAAUGAAAAUUCUAUACGUUAUGUAUAUCAGACACGUCAUUUAUGCAGACAGGAAUGUGAAGAUGUAAUGCAAAACGAGUGUGGACCAACAUAUGAUUAUUUGGAUAGGAAAAUUUUGCAUGAUUUACCGGAAAUGAUUAUGGAUUGUUCACGUCUACCAAUUUAUUCGCCGGACAAUCCACAAACAUGUCGUCGUAUAGGUGAACCUUUAAUUGUGUCAGAACAAAUAUCGGAAUACAGACAAGACAGUGAUAAACAGUUCUGGGAAGAACAUCGUGCCGACGCGUCAUCACCUAGUCAGUUGAUAGAAAAGAAGGAAAGUGGUGAAUUGUCAUCUGGUCAAGACUUAAAUUCUGCAUUAUCAACUGGUCCUGAUCUGUUGCCGAUUUUUGUGUCAUUCGGAGCAUUAGCAUUAUUAGGUCUUGUUCUUCUUGCUGUAUGCUUCCUCUGUCGGCAUGGUACAGGCGACUCACCACGUUUUACAACAGAUAGUUCAAGUUUCCUAGGAAGGUCACGUAUCCGCGCCAACUGUCGAGGCAGUCGUGAUAAUUCAGAGACCGAAAGACUGAAUGGAUUUCACGUGAGAGGACAAGGAGUUGGAGCUCCGAAUGACUCAAACCAUACCAGCAAACAAAGAAGGGUUCCUGGAAUGGGCGCUGGCAUAAAACUAGGUGGUACAAACGGUUUUCUGAAUGGUAUGCAGGAGGCUUACACAACUACAUAUUGUGGAGGUAAUACGAUUUUUAGCACAAGUGAUAUGAAUGCCAUGAGUGCACCAGCUACGGUUGGGCAUAACAGUAUUUCUUCGAAUCCAAACAACACGAAUGGAGUACAUAAUGACACAUCAAUGUCCGCAGUUGCAUCUGCUAAACAUAAUAGUUCUGCAACAUACUUCCAGUAUCAGGCUUCUAGUUUUUUAACUCCACAACUUCCUCCUCCUCGAGCCCCUGCACCGCCACCGCCAGGACCACAUUGCCCGACGACACAGUCACAAAUCGGCAUCACAGCAAACGCACCGACCGACCCAUCAUAUAAUUUACAUUCAUUUACUCAGUCUGUCCACAUGCCAUUAAACAGUGAGAUAAUUCCAGAGGCAAGAAUGCAUUAUGAAACGAAUGCUGAAGCCGAAAGCCCAACAGCUUAUACAACACUGAGAAAUGCUAGUCCUAAUGAAUUUCUCUCAAAUGACCCUCCUUCGAUUAAUUCAUUUAGAACCUCACAAAAUGCCACAAUGUUUUCAAAAAUUAACUUAGAAGAUCAACCUAUGAAGGCUAUGGAAUACCCUAUUUCUCAACUGCGGUUUGGGAAACAAUUUGGACAAGGAGUUUUUGGACCAGUUUACAAAGCUGAACUACUACCGAAUAGUGCUUAUGAAAAUGGUCAUCCAGUAUCAGUUAUUGUUAAAACUUUAUCAGCUGGUUCACCUGCCAGUUUACAAGCAAAUUUUCGUAAAGAAGCUAAUUUAAUUUCUGAACUAGAUCAUCCAAAUGUCCUUAGUCUUCUUGGAGUCAGUGUACAACACCCACCAUGGUGUAUGAUAUUCGAAAUUCGACAAUAUCUUGAUUUAUGUGAAUUGCUGUCUUCAAGAAGAUCUAUGAUUAAUCAGAUAAAUCUAACAAAUGUCACUUAUCCUGACGGUAUGACAUCGAAUAUGCCAAACCCUCUUAGUGAAUCAGAAAUUUGGAGAGUAUUAUCUCAAGUUGCCGCUGGAAUGGAUUAUUUAUCUAGUCAUCGUUUCGUUCAUCGGGAUUUAGCAGCAAGAAACGUUAUCAUUUUGAAUGAACAACUAUUUUGUAAAAUUACUGAUCUUGGUCUAGCACGUGAUUGUUAUGCAGCUGAUUAUUAUCGUUUACAUCCUCAUAGUCUUAUGCUACCAAUCCGAUGGAUGCCACUUGAUUCAAUUAUCUAUGGUAAAUUUACUAUUGAAUCAGAUAUUUGGGCAUUCGGUGUAUUGAUGUGGGAAGUUUGGUCUGGUGGUAUGAGACCAUAUUCUGCAUUUACCGAUCCGGAAGUAUUAGAUUUAAUACGCUCUAGACAAUUAUUAUCAUGUCCACAAUAUUGUUCUACUAACAUAUAUAUGUUUAUUACUAGUUGUUGGAAUGAAGAGAUUGAAAGACGUCCAACAUUUAAAGACUGUUUAAAUCAAAUACAAAAUUGGUACUCGGAUGCACCCGGUUUAUCAUCAUUAUAUUCUAGUGAACAAGUAUUCCCUUAUUCUCAGUUGACAGAGAACAAAGUUGAUUUUCAACAAUCAAAUAAUGUUACUAAAAGUAGUCUCAAUGGAACAGAAAGUCUCUCAGAGACUUCCAAAUCCAAUUUAUCAAUACGUCAAACAUGCCCGGGAACGUUUGAUUCAAACAAUUAUUUUACUUGCCCUAAAGAACAUUUGAAUAAAAUGUAUAUGGCAGAUCCUUUUGAAUUAUUUCAUCAACCAAUUAAUGCUUCUAAUACUACCAUUAAUAAUAAUAAUAAUAAUAAUAAUAAUAAUAAUAAUAACAAUAAUUCGAUUAGUCAAUAUCACAAUUCUAGUCCAGAUAAUACAAUGAUGAAUGAUAAAUUUGUAUCACAAACACCAACUAUGACAACACAAUUACCAGUGUCAAAUAUAUCGAACCAUUCAGCUGGAAUUCAAGAAUCAAUAAUUGAUCAUUGUAAAUCAUCCAAUGGUCUGGGUAUUCGAUUACUGCCAAAUACAACGACAAUGUUUAUUCCUACAUUAAAUUCUGUUAGUUAGUGAAUUCAGUUAAUUUAGUUAAAAGGUCUCAAAGAUUUCAUUUGAAUAAGUAGAAAAAAAUCAAUGACAGUAAUGACAAUAAAUUAACUUUGUAGAAUACAUUCACAGAUUUCCAAUAAGCAACAAUUUUAAAUUUGUUAACAUUGAAUUAUGCUUGAUUCUUGUUGUUGUUUUUUUUUCUCGAUUUUUUCUGAAUUAUUUAUGUUUAAUUAUUGAUACACUUCUUGAUAUCAUUCAUGCGUUUUAUUUUCGGAGUGUGGGAGAGUAAAUAUAAUUACGUAUAAAAAACAAAACAAUAAAUGUUGAUUUAAUCAAGAUAUAUUUGUUCAUCAUACUUUCAUUCAUAUUCAGAGGUACAAAUUGUUUGACUUCGUAAUAAUGUUUUUGUUUUUCUCCUUUCAUACCGGUCAAAUAUGCAACACAUUUAAUUUACCAUACUUUAGAAUUCAAUGAAUGUGAGUGACUGAUUUCUGAAUUCUUCAUUACACAAUACAUUACACUGUAAAUAUACUACUUGUCUUUUACGAAUAAAGAUAAACAAUUAUUAUCUUUUCGAGACGUUCAUUUACUAAUAUUUAUUUGUAUAAUAUAAUUUAUAUGUAAGUCAUUCGGAAAAAAAAAACAUUUUGUACUCUAAGUAAAAUAAGAAACAAAUGGGAAUGCUAAUUGAAUUGCACUUUUGUUUCUUUUUCGCUGCUAAUAAUACAUCGGAGUAUUUUGUGUCACAUGAUGUUCGUUUUAUUGUUUUGUUGGCCUCUACUCAUUAUUGGUUAAUGUUCCAUUUUCAUGAUAAAAAAAUAAUACCCUCUCAAUUGAAUACUAACUUGUAAAAAGCAUUUUUUUUUAUUUUCUGUUUUCUUUUUUGUGUUUACCACAUUUCAGCUGAUGAUUAGUUAGUUCACUAUCCAGCAAUAUUUGAAAUAAAAAUCAUGCUUUUUCGAUCG